AUGGACAAUCCUGGACCCGCCGGCGCACAGCUCGGCAAUGUUAAUGUGGAGGCACGAGAUGCCGAUUCUUUCAGUGACGAUUCCGGAUACGACGACGGAUAUCUCUCCACGGCGUCUGUUGCGUCAAGCAUUUUCGACUACGAGCAGGAAAAUGGCCGGACCUACCACGCCUUUCAGCGCGAUAAGAAAUACGCCCUUCCUAACGACGAGCAGGAACAGGAGCGCAUGGACAUCACGUAUCAUGCGCUUCGCUUGACGCUGGAAGAAAAACAUUGGCACUGCCCGCUUGAGAGUCCUCGGCAUGUGCUGGACGUAGGCACAGGGACAGGUAUCUGGGCACUCGACGUAGCCGACGACAACCCUUCUGCACAAGUGGUCGGAAUUGAUUUAUCACCCAUACAGCCUACCGCAGUGCCUCCCAAUCUGGAAUUCCAGAUCAUGGAUGCCGACGAAGAAUGGGACUUCACCAAUAAAUUCGACUUCAUCCAUACACGCCUGAUGAACGGCUUCUCCAUCAAGUCUUGGGACCACUUCUAUUCCGAGGCCUUCAUCUCUUUGCAACCUGGAGGCUGGGUGGAGAACCAGGAAUUUGAUCUGGCCUUUGGCUCUGAUGAUGGCACCAUGAGAGCCGAUGGCGCGGUGCAGCGUUGGGAAGAUCUAUGGAACGAAGGUGUCGGCAAGUUUGGCCUAACAGGACGCUGCUACCCCGAGCAAAUGAAGCAGAAGAUGGAAGCCGCAGGUUUCGUCAACUGUGCCAUCAAAGCUUUCAAAAUUCCCGUUGGACCUUGGCCAAAGGACCCGCGAUUACGGCAAGCAGGACUACUGUACCUCGUGGGUCUCCUGGAAGGUGUCAGUGGGCUGAGCGUACGGACCUUCACCAUGGGCCUCGGAUGGAGCGUGGAGGAAAUGGAAGUGUUGCUGAUGGAGGUGAAGCGGGAAUGGAAGAAGAAAUCAAUCCACAGCUACACUCCUUUAUACAUUGUCUAUGGACAGAAGCCACUGGAUGCGAGCUCAUAG